UCUUCGUAACUGCGAUGUCACGCUCUAUGCCAGCACCUGAUCAGAUACCCUGGCCAACUUAUUUUUUAUAAGUCUUCCGUGCUAUAUAUACUUCGAAUACCCCCCCUGACAUCCUCCAGUCCACCUCCGUGGCCAGAGUCAUGUCUGCUGUAUCUGCAAAGCCGGAGUGUCCUCCUCUCGAUGGCUCACUCCUAUUUCCAGAUAUCAUUGACUUUCACAUGCAGAGGAAUGCCGCUCUCCCAAUAUACAUCUUUCCAGACACACAAACUGGCACAUUAACUUCCAUUUCCUACCACGAAUUCGGCAGAGCUGCUCAUCGAAUGGCCCAUGCACUACGUCCCAGCCGCACUGGAGUUGAAGGGGAGGUAACAGCAAUAGUUGUUCACACAGACACCCUCCUGUAUACAACUUUGAUAGCCGGUCUCAUGAUCGCAGGCACUGUGCCGUUUCCUAUGUCUCCUCGCAACCCUCCACAAGCCAUAGUCGAUUUACUUCUGCGAACCAGUUGCCGUCGUAUAGCAUCCAUUACCCCAAACCACGCCGCUCUCCUUGAUGAUGUCCGGCGCCUUAUGGGGAAUAGUGGUGCCGGCCUGACAAUCAUCGAGAUACCACCCAUAUCAGAAGUUUACCCUCAUUUGGGUAACGAAUCACUUGUCCACCCAUUUGUGCCAUACCCUAAACGCUCCACCAUCACGCGCAUAACCGAGACCGUUUUAUAUAUGCAUUCUUCUGGAAGCACCGGCUUCCCUAAGCCUAUCGCUCAAAAUCACAGGGGUCAACUUAGCUGGAUGAACGCCCCUCUGUUAUGGCAAUACAGGAACUACCCAUCGGUCCGUCUCGGCGUGAUGGCCCUUCCUCCAUUUCAUAUAUUUGGCGUGGCCGCACAGCUGUAUGCAAUGCUUAUCGGUGUUACAGCAACAUUAUACGCGCCUACGUCCGUGGGAGAUCGGCGGACUCUACCUACCAUUCCGACAUCGGACAACAUGAUUGAAUGCAUCAGCCAGACCGGGACCAAUAUCGUUCUUUGCGUUCCAUAUCACCUCGAACAGUGGGCCGAUUCGGAAGAAGCACUACAGGCGCUACGAAAGAUUGGAUACGUUGUGUAUGGGGGCGGCCCUCUCUCGGAAAAGAAAGGAGACUUUCUUACCACCGCUGGAAUACCGCUUGCACAGCUUUACGGUGCGACAGAGUGUGGUCCGGUCUCUAUCCUUCCUCCUCGAGACUCAGUCGUCAAUGGCAACCCAUACUGGCAGUGGGUCGAGUUCUCCGAUACAGUCAAUAUUCGUUGGGCUCCUCAUGAUCUUGAUCUAUACGAAUGCCAAGUCUUGGUAAGUGUCAAGGCACAAUCAAAGCCAUGCGCUGCAUCUGCGCCUUUACAGCGAUCAGACAAACUUCAGCCGAGCAUCGAAAACCUUCCCGAUGUGCAGGGUUAUGCCACCAACGACCUUUUUGUGAAACACCCAACCCAGAAGCACUUGUGGAAAAUUGUUAGUCGAGCGGACGAUGUUAUCGUCCUAUCCUCUGGGGAGAAGACUGUCCCAUCGCAGAUGGAGACGAUCAUCAGCUGUUGUCCCUAUGUAAACGGCGCCGUCAUGUUCGGGCGUGAGCGAAACCAAGUUGGAGUUCUGAUCGAACCUACCGUGGAUCAUUUCAUUGAUGUGGAUAAUGAGGAACAGGUCGCCCAGUUUCGAAACCGAGUAUGGCCAUAUGUAGAAGACGCUAAUGCAUCUGUGCCAACUUACAGUCGUAUUUUCAAAGAAAUGAUUCUAGUCGCUCGUCGCGCCAAGCCUGUGUCCCGGACUAUGAAAGGCACUAUCCAAAGAAAGGCGACACUCCAGGCAUAUGAACAAGAAAUUAAUGCACUAUAUGACGUCGUCGGACUCAGUCAUGAAGUUGGCGACAAUACUUUACCAUCACAAUGGACGGAGAACGAGUUAGCCUUCUGGUUGUUAUCACAGGCCGCGAAUGUUAGGACGGAUCUCAAUCCAAAUAUAGAUUUAUUCACGCAGGGCUUUGAUAGCUUAAGCGCCACUUACCUUAGGAAUCGGCUCAUCAGCGGCCUACGGAGGUCAUCCGAACCAGGGAUGCAGCGUAUUUCCUCCCUUAUCACGCAAAACAUCAUCUUCGAGAACCCUACAAUCAAUUCACUGGCACGGAAGGUUUCUGCCCUCAUUAAAUGUGCGGAUGGAAAUUCGGAGUCCGUACGAGACUCACAUAUCAGCGCAAUCGGUUCCAUGAUUGAAAAAUACUCUGCUGAUUUUCUGAAACUUGAGUCUGGCUCGACGGAGAGACCUGCGAAGCGAGCCAGGCUUGAUGGCGGGCGUGUCGUGCUCCUAACUGGUUCCACCGGGACGCUAGGAUCCUAUAUGCUUGCUGAUCUACUUGGACGACCGGAGGUCUCGACAAUCUAUCUUCUCAAUCGAUUUUCUGCGGCUCCAGGAACAUACAGCAGUCUGCGUCAGCUCAAAGCGUUCGAGGAGAGAGGGCUGAAUACCCGACUCCUAACCUCGUCGAGGAAGAUUUUUUAUCUUGAGGGAGACAUCUCUCAGGACAGAUUAGGUUUGGCAGCUCCCACUUACGAACGGCUCAAAUGUUCGGUGACCAUGAUCAUCCACAAUGCAUGGCGUGUCGACUUCAAUUUGGCGCUUUCCUCCUUUGAACCUAAUAUUCGGGGUACGCGGAUGCUUCUCGACCUAGCGCUCGCUUCUCCGCACGCUGCUUCUUUGCGGUUCAUAUUCGUUUCGUCCAUCGCAUCCGCAUUGGGUUGGGAUCCAAGUCAGGGUCCGGUCCCAGAGGACCUUCUCAGUGAUCCUGCUAUGGCAAUAGGUUCUGGGUACGGAGAAUCGAAGUACGUUGCCGAACAGAUCAUCGCCCGAUCCGGUCUGCAAACUACUUCUCUCCGAGUAGGACAGAUUGCCGGUGGGCCUACAGGGGCUUGGGCUACGACUGAUUGGGUUCCUAUCCUUGUCAAGUCGAGCUUGGCGCUCGGUUCGCUUCUUGACCUUCCAGGGGUCGUGUCGUGGACACCCGCGGACCGCGUUGCUGCUGCAGUUCUUGACGUUGCGCUGUCCGAGACGCAUGUCCCAGUUGUCAAUAUCACGCAUCCGAGGCCUGUGCAAUGGCGGACCAUCUUCGAGGGCGUGAGAGAUGCGCUUGUAGGUUCUGGCCAAAUAGAAAACCAUGAUUCACAUCCGCAUCCGCAUCCGCAUCUGCUGCCGCUAGAGCCUUAUUCAGGGUGGAUGCAGAAAUUGGAACGACGCGCGCAGGCCGCGAAGGAACGAGAUUUUAAUGAAGUCCCGGCGCUCAAAAUUCUUCCUUUCCUUCGAGGUUUAUUGCGGCCCCAGAACGAAAGUAGUACUGGUUCUGGUGAUGCGGAGGUGGAGGCAGAGGCGGAAGCUGGUAAAGGCCUGCAGUUUGUGACGGACAAGGCAUGUUCGCUGAGCAGCACGAUGCAUCUUCUUGCUGCGCGGGAGUCUGAAUGGCUUGGACCGAGCCAUGCGCAGGCGUGGGUGGAGUAUUGGGGAAGCAAAGGGUUUUUCCAAUAACACCGACACCCAAAGGUCAGUGGUCCA